AUGGGGAGGCUCGAGAUUGUGCUGGCGCUGCUGGGGUCGUUGCUCGCGACGCUGCUGGUGGCGCUGCUGGUGGGUGCCUUCGCGGAGGAGCAGGAGCAGGAGUUUCUUCCCGGGCAGCCCAGGGAGAGAGUCCGGGGCAGCGGAGGGAGCGUGGAGGUGUGGAACGAAGAUUUCAAGCAGCUGCAGGAAGCGCAUGUGGCGGCGGCACUGAUAACAGUGGAGAGCCAGUUCCUUGAGCUGCCACUAUAUGCCAACUCCCCGCAGGCCUAUUACGUGUUGAAGGGCGAGGCUAUGGCAGGCCUUAUCAGCCCCAUGGGAGCACCUACGAAUCUCAGGCGGCUGAGGGAGGGAGACGCCUUUGCGAUUCCCAGGGGGUGGGCCCGUUGGAUUUGGAACGACGGCCAGCAGCCGUUUCAGGUGCUCUCCGUGGCCGAUACCUUCGACUCCAAGGGCGCGCCAAGUGCUGCCGGCCGCUACACCGCCUUCCACCUCAUGGGCGCCCAGAAGGAGGAGUUUGGAAGUAUUCUGCACGGUUUCAGCCCGGACCUGCUGGCACAGGCAUGGGACGUGGAGGAGGGGGAGGUGCAGCAGCUGCUGCAGGCGCAGCAGGAGAGCGUAUUUGUCAAAGUCACACCACAGCUUCGAGCAGAGCUGGAAAACUAUCGGGAGAAUGAGGAGGAGAAUGAGAAUGAGAAUGGGAAUGGGAAUGAGAAUGGGAAUGGGAAUGAGGAGGAGGAGGAGGAGGCGGAGGAGGCAGAGGAGAAUGAGCGGGAGGAGGAGGAGGCAUAUGGGGGAAACGAUCAGCCACACUUUGGCAAGGGAGCAAAACCCGGUGUGAGCAUCUUUGCAGACUUCUCCUACAACCUCAAGGCCCGCCAGCCGGACAUCUACGUGAAGCGCGGCGGCACGGUCACGGCAGCCAACGGGUACAAGCUACCCGCGUUCCGCAAAGUGGGCUUUGCAGUGGCGCGCUUCAGCCUGGAGGGCAACGCCAUGACGGCACCAACGUGGCUGGCGAAUGCAGCGGCGAUGGUGUAUGUGACCAAGGGCAAGGGGCGGGUGGAGAUGGUGUAUCCGGAUGGCAGGCAGGCCCUCAGGCACGAUGUGAAGGAGGGUGACUUCGUGGUCAUGCCCGCUGGCUUCCCACACUCUGCUCUGGCGUACGGGGAGGGUCUGGAGUGCAUUGCCAUGAUUCCCAAGAGCCGCUUCCAGCAGGGGUUCCUGGCGGGGGCUAACUCGGUGUUUCGCACGCUGCCUGCCUCCGUGCAGCGCGCCGCCUUCAACGCCGAUGAGAAGCUUCUGGAGAAGCUGUGCGCCACCCGGCAGAGCGAGUUUGGCAUCCUGCCGCCCAGGAAGAGCGAGGGAGAGGAGGAGGAACAAGAGGAGAUGCCUGUGCUCAUUGAGCAGGUGGUGGGAUUUUGA